GCUCUUGUCGGUUAGAAGUCGUUAGUUUGUUCCUUAACUUCAAUCGUCAAUUUGCUGAGUGAUUUUAAUCAACACAAUGAUAAAAAUCGACAGAUCCACAAAGAAUAUUUUAAUUGUCAGCUUCGGGUUUUUGUUGCUGUUUACUGCUUUUGGAGGACUUCAAAGUAUCCAGAGCAGCCUGAACAGUGAUCGAGGCCUUGGCCUGGCCUCAUUAAGUGUCAUCUAUGCAGCUCUUAUCCUCUCUUCAAUGUUCCUUCCACCGAUCAUGAUAAAAUAUUUUGGUUGUAAAUGGACCAUUGUUAUCUCCAUGUGCUGCUACGUUACAUUUACAAUUGGCAAUUUUUAUCCAAGCUGGUACACACUUAUUCCCACUGCAAUAAUCCUUGGAACAGGAGGAGCUCCACUUUGGUCCGCUAAAUGCACCUAUCUUACCACAUGUGGUUACCGAUAUGCAAAAAAUCACAAUAAGAUUGGAGAAAAUAUCGUAAACCACUACUUUGGUAUUUUCUUCCUUAUAUUCCAGUCAUCUGCUGUUUGGGGGAAUCUAUUGUCUUCAUUAAUAUUUCAAUACACUUCUGCAAAAGCUAACAUCACUGAUGAGAUUUUAUCAUACUGUGGACCCAACAAUUGCCCACAAUACGAGGUGAAGACCGCUCGCAAUGUAACAUCUACCCAACAUUCUAUGUCCAUAAUCCACACUCUCUCAGGAAUUUAUACUGGUGUUGGUGUAGGUGGAGUACUCCUUGUUGCUUUUUUUCUGGAUCAUCUCGAUGAGCAGGACAGAAAGCAGUUUAAAGGGAAGGAAAUAAACGUAUUGUCUAUCCUCAUGGCUACCCUUACACAUUUAAAGGACAAGCGCCAAUGUCUACUCAUCGUCAUGACAAUGUACAGUGGAUUUGAACAGGGCUUCCUGGCUGGUGAUUAUACAAAGGCAUAUGUCACUUGUACUAUUGGAAUACAAUUUGUUGGUUAUGUCAUGAUUUGCUUUGGUGCUUCAAAUUCCAUUUUCUCUAUGAUUUUUGGAAAGAUGUCAAGAUAUACUGGACGAAUGUCAUUGUUCGCCUUUGGAACCAUUACGCAUCUGGCAACAAUGAUUGCAAUAUUUUUAUGGCAACCACGACCGGAACAGCUGCCAGUGUAUUUUGUGUUUCCUUCUCUUUGGGCAAUGGCUGAUGCUGUUUGGCAGACACAGACCAAUGCCCUUUAUGGAGUUCUAUUUCUGGAGAACAAAGCAGCAGCAUUUGCUAAUUACCGGCUGUGGGAAUCUGUGGGAUUUGUUACAGCAUUUGCCUAUGCAAACUUUUUGUGCAUAAAGAUCAAGUUGAUUAUUUUGAUGGUCAUCCUAUUACUGGGCAUGGUGUUGUAUGGAAUUGUGGAAUACAUUGAAUACAUUCGAGCUAACGGUGAAAGUCCUAAAUCUAUUUCAAACAUAUUACACGAUGAGCACCUAAAAACUAAAAAGCAGGAGGAAGUGGAAGAGGAAGCAAAAGAAGAAACAGAAACCACAGAUGUAAAAUCCAUUGACGAAAAUGAUGCUGAAAAGUAAAAUACAUCUUUGAGACAAUGUUAUAAAAUCUGUAUUUUCAUUGAUUUCUACAGACAUUUCAGCAAAUGUCAGUAAAAAUUAACUAUCCACUUUCAAAUGUAUUACUUUUUAUUAAAAAAUUAUAAUUUUUUAAAAAAUUCUUAAAAUUAAAAUAUGACUUUCUAAAGAUAUUAACUUUAGAAAGACUAGAAUUGUCUUCUGUAAUUUAAUUUAAUUAGAUAAUGUAUUUGAACUGUAACAUUAUAUUGAAGUGUAUGUGCUAUAAAGUCUUUAAGGAUAUAAGUAAAUCCAUGAUUUGGCAGCGAAUACAGAUUUUAGUUCAUAGGAUAUUUAACCUAUUUAAUGAAACUCUUAUCACAAGUAAAUGUGUUGAGGAAAGUUUCCAAACUCUCAAGAAUGAGGGGAUUUUGCAGUAGCUUGUACUGCAACACUCCGUGCAGAGUUUUUAAAUAUCUGCCACUUUUGACCCAUAAACUUGUGUUUGUUGAAUAUCCUAUGAUGUUAAUAUUUUUAUCUUGGAGGUUAGUCAACAAAUUCCUGCUAUCAUGCUCAUGGUGUUUGUAAUGCUUGUAGACUGAAAUAAAUUUCUCCAAUUCA